AUGGGGCCUGACCAAGUCAGCCACACGUCUUCCCAAAUGGCACAUGAGACUGGCGACAUGGAAAUCAAAGACGGACUGUUGCCAGAGGGCAAGGCCGAUGCGGCUCUUGAGUUCCUGCGUGACGAGGGCCGUGGAGUCGCAGUUGAAUUCAACGAGAGAACCCUUGUGCGCAAGAUCGACUGGAUGAUCAUGCCGUUGAUGUGGGCGGCCUACAAUCUUCAAUACCUGGACAAGGUGCUCAUCAAUUACGCUUCCGUCAUGGGGCUCUUGGAAGACACCAACAUGAGAACGAAUCAGUUCUCCAACCUGACCCUUGCGUUUUACGUGACGUACCUUGUCUUUGAGCUGCCGACAGGGUAUCUGAUGCAACGACUGCCCACUGCAAAGUACCUGGGGUUAAAUGUCGUUCUAUGGGGUCUGAUGACCACGCUCAACUGCUCCGCGAAAAACUUUGGAGGAUUAAUGACACUCCGGGUUCUUCUGGGGUGCUUUGAAAGUGCCAUUGCGCCUGCUCUGAUUCUAAUCACUUCCAUGUGGUAUACGCGGACUGAGCAGCCCCGGCGCAUGGGGAUCUGGUAUCUCGGCACCGGUACGGCGUCCAUCAUGGGCGCCCUCGUUGCAUAUGGACUCCUCUUCUACUCCAAUGACACUUUCAAGUCGUGGCAGAUUAUGUUUCUGAUCUUUGGGCUCAUGACCAUUGCGGUGGGCGUCUGCAUCUACAUCGUGAUGCCCGACAACCCCAUGACAUCGAGACUGACCCACGAUGAGAAAGUGUUUGCAAUCGAGCGACUCCGUGAGAAUCUCACCGGCAUCGAAAAUAAGCACUUCAAAUGGUGUCAGUUUGUCGAAGUCUUUAAAGAUCCGCAGACAUAUCUGAUCGCCAUCAUCGUGACCGCGAUGGAUGUCCCCAAUGCCGCAGUGAGCAGCUUCACCUCCUUGAUCAUCAAGAAUAUCGGAUUCACUACAAAGGAGACUGAGCUUCUGAACAUCCCCAACGGCGUGGUCAGCAUUCUGACCAUCCUUACCGUCACCAACAUCGCCUCUCGAUAUGAUCAGCGUUGUCUCUCUGUCGUCCUCGCCUUAUCAGGAGGCUUACUCGGCAGCUGUCUCCUGGCCUUUUCUCCCAAGAGCAUGAAAGCGGCCCAACUCGCGGGAAAUUAUCUCACUCAAAUGACCGGCUCGGCUCUUCCAUUAAUGUACUCGAUUGCCGGAGCCAACGUGGCCGGCCACACCAAGAAAAUCACCAUGAACGCGGUUCUACUGAUGUCCUUCUGUCUGGGCAACAUUCUGGGCCCGCUGACCUUUCGCACAGAGGACGAGCCAGAUUACAUCCCGGCGAAGAUUGCCCUGGUUGCAACGAUUUCGGUGGCGAUCGUGUCCACCCUCGUUUUGCGAGCGUAUUAUAGCUGGGAGAAUCAUCGGCGAGAGCGGCGAAGUAGUGCAGACGCGCACCUCUCCAAUACGGAAUUCUUGGACCUGACUGACCGAGAAAACGGACUUUUCAGAGCGACACGCCCUGAUAGUAAUGCAACCUAG